CCCCCCCCCCCCCCCCCCCCCCCAAGUUGCAGAUUCUCCCCACUUGUAGCCUUUUCCUGUGCAUUUCAUUAUAACCUUCCUCUCCCAAUCUUCACCUCCCGUUGCCUUUGACUCGUUCCUCCCUGCACAAUUCUGCUUUUCUGGGCAUAAAUAUCAUCCACUGAUAGUUCAUGGGCACGUUCUUCAUCUCUUGUUCUUGCUGAUCUUGGCAGUCUUUCAACUCGGGGGCCUAAGCGAUGGGAUUGGGAGGAGAAGCGAUGACCAAAUUUGAAGCUGACUAUCAAGUCAGUUUUGGGUAUAAUUGCGGUGACUAUAAUGCUGCAGGUCUCACUGGGGUCUCCAAAGGAGUCAACAUCCCUUGGAAGAACAGCAAGAUACAAAGGACCAGCAGCUUCUCUUGCCUCUCCGGGGCAGCCCUAAGUGCCAAUGCAACCUUAGCAAACACAAACAUCUUGAACGGGCUAAUCGGGGAAGAGAUACUACCGGUAUGGGAUUCCCCGAACUCAUUCCGCAGAGUCCCCUCUUCUCCAACCCUGUCAAAGUUAGACAUGCUUUCAUCUUCCCUCCAGAGCAGUAUUUCGAACUUGAGCUGCAGCCCGUCUUACCAUAGCGACUCUCUCGUGAAUGACUCUUAUUCAUUCAAGCCCAUGAGUGCUCCUUCGAGGAGUGAAGGGUUUCUUGGGGCUAUGGAGUUACAGGUGGCAGGUGGAGCAGCUGGUGAAGACAGGGUACAAGCCGUCUGCUCUGAGGAGAAUGGAUCUCUCUUUUGUGCAAUUUAUGACGGGUUUAACGGAAGGGAUGCUGCCGAUUUUCUUGCUGGGACUUUCUAUGACACAAUCACCCAAAAUUUAAAUGCCGGUGGGCCGUUCCCCUACAUCCUGGACGGUAACAAUAAUGAGAUCAAUCGGUCAGAGUUCGAUAAUAUGCUUGAGGACUCCUCCCAUUUCCAGCAGGGAAUCCUCGAUUCCCUACAUCGAGCUCUGAAUCAGGCUGAGAACGACUUCCUGCACAUGGUCGAGCAGGAAAUGGAUGAUCGUCCUGAUUUAGUUUCAGUAGGUUCUUGUGUUCUAGUAGUGCUUCUUCAAGGGAACAACUUGUAUACCCUCAACCUCGGAGAUAGCAGAGCCAUUUUGGCGACGUAUGGAGAGUCCGAUGAUAUUAAGGGGGAGAAGGAACUGAUAGCUGUUCAGCUCACUGACAGUCAUACUGUUGAUAAUGAAAUUGAAAAAGCCCGAGUACUCUGUGAACACCCCGAUGACCCAAAGACAAUUGUGAUGGGUAGGGUGAAAGGGAAGUUGAAGGUCACCCGUGCCUUUGGAGUCGGGUACUUGAAGAAGGAAAACUUGAAUGAUGCGCUGAUGGGCAUUCUCCGAAUCCGAGACCUCAAGAGCCCUCCGUAUAUCUCCACUGAACCAUCGCUGAAUGUUCACAAGAUAUCCAAAGACGACCACUUUGUCGUGGUUGCAAGUGACGGUCUGUUUGAUUUCUUCAGCAACCUGGAGGUCGUGAUGCUCGUCCACUCCUGUAUCCUCAAUGAUCCUUCCGCUGAUCCUGCGAAAUUCCUGCUGGAGCAACUUGUUGCAAGGGCAGCUAAAAACGCUGGUUUCAGUAUGGAAGAGCUGAUGAAUAUUCCAGCUGGGCGGAGGAGGAAGUAUCAUGAUGAUGUGACUGUCAUGGUGAUCAUUCUUGGAACAAAUCAACGGACCUUGAAAGCAUCUACUUGGAUUUGAAUAGGCCGAAUUGUUAGUCGUAGAUUCUCCAGUUAUGGGCAUCAGCUUAAUUUGUUAGUUUCUUGUUGCAAUUCAUAUUCUUCUUUCAAAUCGAAGAAUGAAUCCUGCAAAUGUAUAUAGACAUAUGAUCGAGACUUUUGUUCGAUCAGCAAGAAGUCCAUCCUGUAUGUAAAUAACAAGGGUGCGAUGAUUCUUCUCUACAUGGAGUGGAGGAGAUAAGUACUUAAAGAAUGCCAUUGGAAGUA